UCACAGCCCCAGUCAGUUGUUAUCAGGACAGCUCAGUGUCGCCUCUGCCUCUGCUGCGAAACACACACACUCACGGACUACUCUUAAAGAAAUCUCAAAAACAGUUGUCUUUCUUUUCCUGCAAAGGUAAACUCUUAGACUGAAGGAUUACUCUUCAAUAGCAAACACUGUUUUUAAAGAAAUAUAUUUUUUCUGCUCCUCCAAAGUUACUGAGUUUCCUCAGAACCCCCUCGGGGAUCCGAGCCCAGAUGGACCUCAGCGGCGUCAUGUAUCUCCUGGUCAUGUGCGCUCUCAAUAAGCUGCUUGUGGCGACAAGCCUUGCAGAUGAAUACCAGGAGCAUCUGAACCAUCGGGGAGAAUAUCAGUCGACACGGAACCAAAUUGCCACGGCCCAAUUUGAAUGUUUCCAGAAGAUUUUGAAAGACUCGCACCGCAAAACAAAAACAAUAGCAGGGCCCGUGUGCAAUGCGACCUGGGAUGGGUGGCUGUGCUGGGACGAAACGGAAGUCGGAACGACAGAGCAGGGCUGUCCUGACUACUUUAAAGAUUUUGAUCCUCAUGCAAUGGCGUCCAAAGUGUGCUCAGAGACAGGUGAGUGGGGACGCCACCCAGAGAGCAACAGGACAUGGACAAACUUCACGAACUGCCAAGCCAACACGACACAUCAUGGGACACAGGCGGCGAUGACUCACUUCUACUUGGUCAUGAUCGGUCACGGCCUGUCGCUGGUCUCAUUGCUCAUAUCAUUGGGAAUAUUCUUCCAUUUUAAGAGUCUGAGCUGCCAGAGGAUAACGCUCCACAAAAACCUCUUCUUCUCAUUUGUGCUGAACUCCAUCAUCACCGUUGUCUGGCUUACAACAGUGGUACAGAAACAGGGACACGCGUACAACGAUUCUGCAAGCUGCAAGCUGGUCAUGUUCAUCCACUUGUAUCUGCUGAGCUGUAACUACUUCUGGAUGCUGUGCGAGGGCAUCUACCUGCACACCCUGAUCGUUGUGGCUGUGUUUGCAGAAAAACAACAUCUCAUGUGGUAUUACCUGCUGGGCUGGGGUUUUCCACUCGUGCCCACGGUGAUACAUUCAAUAGCACGCCACUGCUACUACAAUGACAAAUGUUGGGUCAGCUCAGAUACUUCCUUGCUGUACAUUAUCCAUGGCCCCAUCUGCGCCGCUUUGGUGGUGAAUCUGUUCUUCCUGCUGAACAUCGUUCGGGUUCUGAUCACCAAGCUGAGAGUGACGCACCAGGCCGAGUCCAGCCUCUACAUGAGGGCGGUGAGAGCCACCCUCAUCCUCAUCCCUCUGCUCGGCAUCCAGUUUGUCCUGCUGCCCUACAAGCCGCAGGAUCACUGGGUCUAUGAGAUCUACCUGUAUGUCAUGGAGAUCCUCAUGCACUACCAGGGUCUUUUGGUUUCUACAAUAUUCUGCUUCUUCAACGGGGAGGUCCAGAGUGUUCUGCGGAGACACUGGAACCAGCAGCGGAUGCAGUUUGCCGGCACGUUUGCCAACGCCGACUUCUUCCGCUCGGCGUCCUACGUGGCGUCGUCGCUCACCGAGGUCCACCGCUGCUACAGCAUCGAGAGCCACACCGAGCACAUGAACGGCAAGAGCUACUCGGACAUCUUCAGAUCGGACAGCCCCUUCGUGUGAAGCUGGCACUAGAGGUUCUUUGACUUCUCCCAAGAUGUUACCAGGAUUGAUUUCUUCUUGGAGUCCAAAAAAAACUCUUGUAUAUUUUACCUUUUCUUUUAAACUCUUUUCACAUGAUUGUUACCAGAACGCAAGGAGCUUGAGGCCAAAGCAAGUUUCUUUGUCAUUAUUUCCAUCCCUUUGAAUACUCAGAGGGGCUGUUGCCGGACAUACGGAAGAGGCCAUGUAUCAACCAACACUGUAAAGCAUUAACACAAGGAAUUAUUAAUGCUUUUUUUGCAUCGUGUGGAAUAAUCUUGAAGAGACCUUGAUGAACAAGAGCCUGUUCUGUUGACCUGACUGAUACAAUCUUGUAAAGAGAGAAUUUGUUUCUGGGAAUUUUGAUGAUAUUGAUGCAAUUUAGAAAUGGCCAGUUAUUGGUAAGGGUGUUGUGGAAAGUAUAUGCACAAAACAGCCUUUUCUUGAAAUCUGUAGAAAGCAUUUCAGGUUUUAUUUAUAGGCACAUAACUCUUCAUCAUCGUGACAUCAAUGGGCAGAGCCAGAGCCAUAUGGUGGCUGGGAGUUAGCCUAAUGGGAAGCUCAAAUAGCAAAGAAGGAAAUGGAAAGGCAAACUGUGUGCCUUUACGAAAGUGAAACCACAAAGUUUCAUGAUGUCUGUGGUGACAAAUACACAAAAAAACAAGAAGAAACAAUCCGCUAGCUUGCUUUGCCAAAAGUCAUUCCUGCUUCAACUUUGGAAUUAAACUCAGAAUAUAAGGCUAGGAGUAUUUAAGUAUUUUUUCCUUUAGUUCAAAACAAACAAUGAAGUUAACAAUCAAAUUUCACAAACAGCCAACAUUGUCUUAUCAUGUUAAUGCUCCGUUAGGCUCAAUGUUUUUCAUGCUUUAUAUCUGAUCAUUCCAAAUGCUGGAGAUAUUGUGAGAGUCACAAAGGAAAAUAUGACUGCAUGAGUGCAUGUGUUUGUAUAUAUGCUGUAUGUGUGUAUAAAUAUGAUA